AUGCCUAGCAUGGACGAGUGGCUGAGCUUGUGUUUCAUAGCACUAUGCACACCACUCGCCCUCUGGUGUCUCAAGCUCGCCGGCGGCAAGAGAAAGCCACAGAAGUACAAGCUGCCCCCUGGGCCAUGGACUCUCCCGGUCAUCGGCAGCCUACACCACCUCGCCAGCGGCGUUCCGCACCGGAAGAUCACGGAGCUGUGUCGCCGUUUCGAGCCGUUGAUGCUCCUCAGGCUAGGGGAGGUCCCCGCCGUGGUGGUCUCCAGCGCCGAGGCAGCGGCGCUGGUGAUGAAGACCAACGACCCCAUGUUCGCGGACCGGCCGAGCAGCGCCACGGUGGACAUCGCCGGCUGCGGCGGCAGGGGCAUCAUCUUCGCCCCCUACGGCGACCACUGGCGCCAGAUGCGCAAGGUGUGCAUCAUGGAGCUCCUCAGCUCCACGCAGGUGAACCGCAUGGAGGGCAUCAGGGCCGAGGAGACGGCCAGCCUCCUCCGCUCCAUCACCGCCUCCGCCGGCGCCGCCACCAUCAACGUCACACAGAAGGCGAUGGCGCUCAGCAACGACGUCGUGACGAGGGCGGUUUUCGGCGGCAGGUUCGAGCAGCAGGACGAGUACCUCGGUGAGUUGCACAAGGCGUUUGAGCUGCUGGGUGCCUUCUGCCUCGUCGACCUCUUUCCGUCGUCCAGGUUGGUCAGGUGGCUGACCAACGACGAGCGCCGCAUGAAAAGAAGCUACGACCGCACCCAGCGCAUCAUCGCCAAGGUCAUCGAGGGGCGCAAGGCCACGAGAGCUGCCGGCGUCGGCGCUUCCGGAGCCUAUGAGGAGGACCUGCUGGACGUGCUGCUCAGGCUGCAGCAGGAGGACUCGUUGGAGUUUCCUCUAACCACAGAGACAAUAGGCGCUGUCUUGUUUGAUGUAUUUGCAGGUGCUACGGAAACAAUAGGAUCUGUUUUGUCAUGGGCCAUGUCAGAGCUUAUGCACAAUCCUGAUGCAAUGGCUAAAGCACAACAAGAAGUACGUGAGGUACUUGGUGAAGACCGAGCUGUCAUUACUAACAGUGACCUUUCUGAACUCCACUAUAUGCGGAUGGUCAUCAAUGAGGUCCUUAGGUUGCAUCCACCUGGUCCUCUAGUCCACCGCAUGGCCAGAGAUGACUGUACACUCAUGGGUUAUGACAUCCCUAAAGGCACCAAUGUGUUCAUUAAUGUUUUUGCAAUUUCUCAAGAUCCUAAACAUUGGGACAGUCCUAAAGAGUUUAGGCCGGAGAGAUUUGAGAACAACAAUGUAAACUAUAAGGGGACACACUUCGAAUUCAUUCCCUUCGGGACUGGGCGGCGACAAUGCCCUGGGAUUCAUUUCAGCUCUUCAGUCACUGAGAUGGUAUUAGCAAAUUUCCUAUAUCACUUCGAGUGGAUGCUCCCCGACGGGGAUAAACUUUCUUCAUUUGACAUGUCUGAGAAAUUUGGCCUUACGGUAAGCAGAAGAUAUGACUUGCAACUUAAACCUAUUACACACCUGUGGUCCAAUGCUAUGCCAUAG